AUGAAGGCUUUUGCCUACAUUGCCGCCUCCGUGGGUGUGGCUGCGGCAACCUUUCAAGGUCCGCAGGAGCCAGACACGGUCCAGGGGGCAUUCAUUUAUGAAUUUGAAGAUGGUUACACCAUGUCCGAGUUCCAAUCUUCCUUUGGCGAAGACAUCACCGUUCGCAAGUCUUUCGACUCGGACAUCUUUCGCGGUGCCUCUAUCCAAUUCAAGAACGAUACCAACGUUGAGCAAGCCAUGUUGCAAAUCUCACAGUCUACCAAGGUCAAGAACUCAUGGCCUGUUCACAAAUUCUACGUUCCCGAAACCCAAGCAGACAACGCCGAUGGACCAUUCAAGUUGAAGGGCAAGCUUGGUACUCGCAGCGCGCAAGGCAGCCCUGACUCCCACGUGGACAUGAUUACUGGUUCGGAUGACACUUCUGCAGAUCCUCCACAUAGAAUGAUGCAGGUUGACCAGCUUCAUAAGAAAGGUCUGACUGGUAAGGGAAUCAAGGUUGCUGUCAUCGACACUGGUGUCGACUAUAAGCAUCCUGCUCUUGGUGGCUGCUUUGGCCCCAACUGCUUGGUUUCCUUUGGCUAUGAUCUUGUUGGUGAUGACUACUGGGGUGGUAACGAGGCUGUUCCUGAUAGUGAUCCUAUGGAUUGUGACGGCCACGGAACUCAUGUCUCCGGCAUUAUUGCAGCCCAAAAGAACCCAGCGGGCUUUAUCGGUGUUGCUCCCGGAGCUACGCUCGGUCACUACAAGGUGUUUGGUUGCCAAGGAUACACUACCACUGAGGUACUUAUGGAGGCUUCUAUUUUGGCCUCCCGAGAGAAGCCCGAUAUCAUCUCAACUUCGAUUGGCAGCUUUGGCAACUGGCCCGAUGCUUGGGCUGUUCUGAUGAACCGUCUUGCCGACCAGGGCAUCAUGUCCACUGUCGCAAAUGGCAAUGCCGGGUUUGUCGGUGCUCUUGGGACUAACCCGAUGGCUCUUGGGGACAAGCUCCUGGGAGUUGCAUCGUUCAACAACAUAGAAACACCCGCUGUGUACCAUGUUGGCAAAGUCGGCGCUGAGGGUUCCGAAAUGGCAAACUUUUCUCACGCCGUCUCGUGGCCUGUGGGUGGAUGGGACGGCAAACCCGGGCCUCUGGUUGCUCUCUAUCACGACGUCUCUACUCCUAAGCAGGCCUGCGACCCUUUGCCGAAUGACACUCCCGGCCUGAAAGGGAAGAUUGUUCUCGUUGGUUUGGGUGGCUGCCACCCUUACUACAAGGCUGUAAACAUCGCCGCAAAAGGCGGCUCGCACAUUAUCUUCUACAGCGCCACGGAUUCCUUCCGUCCUGUAUGGGCUGCGGCUGAUGGUAUUAAAGGCGCUACGGUCAUCUCGGCCAAAGAUGGCAUGAUGUGGACUGAGGCUCUGAAGAAUGGUGCCAAGGUCAUGGCCACUGUCAUGCACCCAAAGGACGCUUCUCUCAUCUUCCAGACGUCGCCCAACAAGAUCAGCGGCGGAGCUCCUAGCACCUUUACGUCCUGGGGUCCUACUUUGGAUAUGCAGUUUUCACCUGACAUUGCCGGUCCUGGUGGCAACAUUCUGUCUACAAUUCCCACGGUUGAUGGUAGUUAUGAAGUCUUUUCGGGCACCUCCAUGGCUACUCCCAUGAUUGCUGGCGUUUUAGCGCUUAUGAAAGAGGGUCGCCAGGGAAAGCUUGAUGUUAAGCUAGCCAGGCAGCUUUUGGCCAUUACUGGCAAGCCACACAUGUUCAACAAUGGAAAGACGCAGAUGGACCGACUGGCUCCUGUAGCUCAGCAAGGACCAGGUAUGGCUCAAGCUUUCGAUGCUACUUUUACCAAGUCUCUGGUCUACCCAUACUCUCUAUCCUUCAACGACACCACGCACAAGCCCUCCAACUUUACGUUGAAGAUUUCCAACACUGGUUCCACAAAGGUCGAGUACAACAUUGGCCAAGUUGCCGCUUCCUCCAUCUACCUCCUAGCCAAGGAUGCCCGCUCGACCGAUGUCUUUCCUCAUGAACACUUCAAGUCUACCACUGAACUUCAGCUGAGCCAGAAGAAAAUUACGGUUGAGCCAGGCAAGGUUGGUGAGGUGCAGGUCAGUAUUACCAGCUCCAUGGCCGACGAGCUCCGACGUGUGCCCUACCACUCGGGCUACGUGACCAUCAACGGAACUGAUGGCUCUGCUCUUUCAGUGCCGUACCAACACGUUGGAACCGAGUUCCAGUCUAUUCCAGCCAUGCCAGCUGGUUCCACUGAAAUUUGGAACUCGACGGACUGGGAAGCAGGCCCAAUUAAGACGCCCACCCACUUUAUACUCCCCAAACAGGGUACGGCCCAGUGGGGAGACGAGGUGCCCUUCCUUAGGUCGGGGUUGAUCCUUGGCACCCGUUAUUUGGACAUGCGUGUCAUUGACGUCAAAACCAACGCAAAUAUAGGAUCAGUUGCCAUGCUUCCUGAGAAGAAUAUUCCUCGCUUCUUUGCUUGGUACAUGUGGGAUGGUGCUCUAGCGGAUGGAAGCUACGUACCCGAGGGUCGCUACAAGAUCACCGCUCGAGGACUUCGCGUUUUCGGCGAUCCCAAGAACCCCAAGCAUUGGGACUCGGACACUAGCUUGGAGCUUUCCAUCUCGUACAAGAAGUAG